AUGGCAGACGGGGAGCCCGACUACAGCUCUCUUCCGUUAACAGAUAGAUGGGUACACAAGGUUUGGAAAGUUCGUAAGCAGGCAUACGAAGAGGCCGCAAAGCAAUUUGAGAUCACUCCCGACGAAUACGAUCCCGCUUUUCGGCCAUUUAACCAAGAUCCGAGUCUGUGGAAGGGUGCGGUCGCAGAUUCUAACGUUGCCGCGCAGUCCGACGGUAUUGCAGCAUUCUGCGCGUUUCUCAAAUUUGGUGGUAAGGAAUGUUGCGUUCGCUCGCGUGGUCAUGUUGUCACUCCCAUCGUCGAGAAGGGCCUUGUGUCCACAAGACCUGCCACCAAAGCCUCCUCACUCGAGGCUCUACUACUUCUUAUCGAACUCGAUGCCGCCGGUCCCGUUGUCGAAGAUAUCCUCCCAGCCGUAUCUGCGAAGCAACCCAAAGUCAUCGCAGCUGCUUUAGCAGCCCUGACGACCAUCUUCCACAGCUACGGCUGCAAGAUUGCCGACCCAAAGCCAGUCCUUAAGAUCCUCCCUAAAGCAUUUGGACAUGCGGACAAGAAUGUGCGGGCCGAAGCAACCAAUCUAGCCGUUGAAUUUUACCGAUGGCUGAGGGACGCGAUGAAACCUAUGUUCUGGGGUGACUUAAAGCCGACACAACAGUCUGAUCUGGAAGCCCAGUUUGAAAAGAUUAAAUCAGAGCCGCCGCCAAAACAGGAACGCCUUCUACGAACUCAACAGGCAGCCUUGGCUCGUGCUCCACCCCCCGGGGCUGAAGAAGAUGUGGACGACGACGAUGGAAUCGAUGAACCAGCCGAAGUUGAUGCCUUCGACCUCGCGGAACCCCAAGACGUCUUAUCUAAAGUUCCAGCUAAUUUUCACGAUAAUCUCGCGUCUUCGAAGUGGAAGGACCGUAAAGAGGCUCUUGAGGCGCUCUUUGCCGUACUCAAUGUACCAAGAAUCAAAGAUGGCGACUUCAACGAGAUCAACCGUGGCUUAGCAAAGUGCAUGAAAGAUGCCAAUAUUGCCGUCGUUACUCAAGCGGCCCAAUGUAUCGAAGUACUCGCCAAGGGACUUCGAAAAGGUUAUGGUAAAUACCGAUCAAUCGUCAUGACGCCAAUCAUGGAGCGUUUAAAGGAGAAAAAGCAAACCGUUGCGGACGCGUUAGGGGCCGCGCUGGACCAAGUCUUUCUAGCGACAAGCUUGUCUGACUGUUUGGAGGAAAUCCUCUCCUUUCUCCCCCACAAGAAUCCUCAAGUAAAGGAGGGAAGCAUGAAGUUUCUUGUCCGCUGUCUUAGAACAACCCGGGAUCCCCCGAACAAGCAAGAAGUCGCCAGUAUUGUAGAAGCCGCGAAGAAGCUACUCGCUGAGAGCAGCGAAGGGUUGAGGUCCGGUGGUGCCGAGGUUCUAGGUACAGUUAUGAAGAUUAUUGGUGAACGUGCCAUGAACCCUCACCUAGAGGGCCUAGACGAUAUACGAAAAACUAAAAUCAAGGAGUAUUUCGAGAAAGCCGAGGUUAAAGCCAAAGACAAGCCGAAACCAGCCCCAGCUCCGGCAGCACGGGGUCCGCCCGGUGGUCCAAAGAAGGUGGGUGGCGGUGCCAAAAAGACCGCCGGGGCCGCCAAGAAAGCCGCGCCGGUCGCACAAGAGCCCGCUUCCCUUGCGCCACAACCGACAUCUCGAGCCGCCCCAGGCAGUAAGCUUGGAAUGCCCAAGUCUUCAGGGUUGUCCGGGUUAAAAGCACCGCAGAGACGCCUCGGCGCCCCCGGUAUCGCGUCCCCCCGAAGAGCGCCAGCCGCUGCUGCCCCUCCGCCAGAGGAAGAAGAAGAAGAGGAGACCCCGUCAUCACCGCCACAGCCAAAAGCUCGAGUCGGGCUCGGAAGAGGUGGUCUUGCAGCACGGUCGUUAGCGAAACCUACGGCGCCCGCCGUAACACCUUUGGCGCCCUCACCACCUCCAUCAAGUGGGCUUACAGCCAUAGAGCGUGCUGAACUAGAGGAACUACGCUCGGCAAACGAACGACUCACUAAGCAAGUAGAUGAGAUGCGACAUGAGCGAAGCAAGCUUAUGUCGGAGGUGCAAGAGCUCAAAAACCACAACGCCGGGCUUAUCGAGGACCACACGAGAGAUGUACUUAGCAUCAAAGCCAAAGAGACUCAAUUAGUGCGGGCGAGGAGUGACGCAGAAGCAGCCGAGCAGACAAAUGAAAGACUCCGGCGUGAGCUCGAACGUCUCAAGCGUGCACUCAGUAGGGCGGAGGGGCUUGGCGUUUCUAGUGGCAUUGGAAGUCCGGGAAUGACGAGUCCUACUCCCGAUGACAUGGGCAUCUACCGUGAUGGCGCAAACUACCCGGGAGCUAGGACGAGCAGAAUGAGCUUCGCCAGCACAUUUUCCGAAGAGAAAGAAAACGGCGAUGCACCACAUAACUACCCUAGGAGCAAGUUAAGUCCAGAGUUGAGAUAUGGCAGUGGUUCAAGUGGAAGGGGGAGCCCUGCCCGCGGCUUUAGGAGCGCAGCAAUAGACGAAGGGGUCGGACACAACACCGGGUCUGCCGCGAGUUCGAUGGCCGGCGGAACCGGUAGUAAUGGGGCCGAGAAUUGGAAGAGAGCAGCAGAAGUCACGAGUCAACUCAAAGCAAGAAUAGAGCAGAUGAAGGCGAAGCAGGGGUUCAGCCGAUCGUGA